AUGGAAGUUGACUCAGAAGAGGUAAAAAGACACUUAGACAUCUUGGGGUACACGCAAAUAGAACCCAUUCUGCUAAAUGAGUUCGUAAAAGAUUUGAAAAAGCUUAUUGAAUACGACCGAAAACACAACAACAUCAGUGCACUAUCUAUGUCUCUUUACAAAGACUGGGAUAAAAGUUACUCCGAGAGGAUGAAAAAUAGUACCCCAAUUAAAAACCCCAUCCAUCAUAAUCGUACUGCAAACGGAGACGAACACGAAGACGAAUUCAACCUAAUAACAAAACAUAAAAGUCAAAACUGUGUACGGACAUCUUCAAAAAUUAUGGACAUGCAUGAUAAAACUCCCAUGAAUAAGAGCUCUAAAUAUGAAUCAGAAUUUAUGCAAUCAAAAUGCUAUUUUUGCGGAAGUAUACCAAUGGAAAAUCAACCAAGAUUGAAGGUGAAACACAGUUCAAAACCACUGCAAGCUUUACACCUCAGUGUAACAUUUGGUAUUGAACUUUAA